UUAGUGAACUCGCAAGCACGAGCCAAAUUUGUCUCUUUCUUCAAACUUUUGCAGGGUCUGAUUCACUCCAGUUCGCCCACAAAAGCUGGUGGUACGUUCUGGAUCCGAUCCCCGUCAACAAUAAAUGGCCCCAGCAAAAUCCAUUAAUAAAGUAACCGGAAGAUCCUCUGCAUCGCGGCGCACCAAGGAAGUCGAUCCUCCCCGUCGAUCGUACGGUCGGCGUCGCGCCACCUCCUCAUCCAUCGUCAGCCGUUGGCGCUCAGAGACGAGACGACGACGAUCGACGGACGAGAACGUGCUGAAACCCGCAUCCGACGCGACCCUACGAUAAUUUUUUCCUGUUGUUUUCCUUUUUGGUCUGGCGAUCCCAUUGAUUGCUUCGCCUGAACUUAAUGACUCCGUGGUGACACUUCGUUGAAGAAGGGAGGACAAAAGUGUAGUAGCCCACGGCAUUACUCGGACUUUAGCUCGAUUUCCAACUCCGAAUCAGCUUCUUCGCCGGCGCGAGUUGGAGGGAAUCGCCGUUUCCGAGCUCUGCCUUCCAUGGCGGAUCCUCAUGCAGCAGCGGCGGCAGAGCCACCCGUACAGGCGCCUCUUCUGGUUCAGGACCAGAGUCGCGGCAAUCACCUACCGCCGCGACGUCACGAGGAGGAGGAGGACGACGAGGACCCGCACCUCGAUCAGACGCUCCACAAGCUGGAGAUGUUCCUCUCUUUCCUAGGCUUCAACCAGUCGACAGUGCUCAGAACCCUGCUGUCGUGGACUGCGUUCGUACUGAUCGGCGUGGUGUUGCCGGUGAUCGUGCUUGAGCUCUCCGAUUGCUCGGACUGCGAGCAGUACCAGAUCAAGAACUUCGAGCUAGACAUAGUCGCGUCGCAGGCGUGCCUCGCCGCGUUCUCGUUGCUUUGCCUUUCGCACAAUCUUCGCAAGUAUGGGAUAAGGAAGUUCCUAUUCGUGGAUCGCUAUAGUGGCCAGAUGUCCAGGUUCCGAGACGAGUACAUCAAGCAGAUUAAGGGUUCUCUACGGUUGCUCAUAUUAUGGUCACUUCCUUGUUUCGUUUUGAAGACUGUGCGUGAAGUGGUCCGUCUUGUAUAUAUAGAUCGUGAAUCACGGUGGCUGUCAGUUUAUAUUUUAUUCUCGUUGGUCAUAUCGUGGACUUAUGUCAGUACAAUCUCUCUAUCAGCCAGCACUUUGUUUCAUUUGGUCUGCAAUCUGCAAGUUAUUCACUUUGAUGAUUACGGGAAGCUCUUGGAAAGAGAGACUGAUGUUUUGGUUUUCAUUGAAGAGCACAUUCGUCUACGGUACUAUCUCUCCAAGAUAAGCCAUAGGUUCAGAAUUUUCCUCCUCCUAGAAUUCUUGGUGGUCACGGCAAGCCAGUUUAUAACUCUGUUCCAAAUAACGGGAUACAGUGGACUCGUUACCGUCAUUAAUGGUGGUGAUUUUGCUGUCUCCACCAUUGUCCAAGUUGUUGGGAUUAGUCUGUGCUUGCAUGCUGCUACAAGGAUCUCACAUAGGGCCCAAGGCAUUGCCUCAAUUGCAAGCAAAUGGCAUGCAUUGAUGACAUGUGGCUCUACAGGUUCAGCAUCUUUACGAGGUUCAGAUAAUGUAGGAAGCAAGGAGCCCAUGAAUGCAUUUAGUUCAAUACAUAUAGAUUACUCUGAAAGUGACCUGGAAUCUUUGGAAUAUGUCGGAAUGCCAACCAGCACACAACUUGCUACUUAUAUGUCAACUUAUCACAAGAGACAGGCUUUGGUAAUGUACCUGCAGACCAACCCAGGGGGAAUCACACUUUAUGGAUGGACAGUUGAUAGGGCUCUCAUCAAUACAAUCUUCUUUAUCGAGCUUUCAUUGGUAACUUGGGUGCUCGGGAAAACUAUAGUUUUCUCUUCCAGUUAGCUCUUCUGGCUGCUUAACUUGGAUUCAUUUGACCGAAAUGAGUUUAAAGCACUAGUCAAGCCAUUGAGACAGGCUGAAUUUCAGUAAUUCGGUGAAGCAUCCUUAUCCAGAUCAGAAAAGUAUUCAGUGUCUGUGACAAGCAUGCGGUCACUUUUGCUGCCAAACUGCUUUCAUUCAGACAUAAGAAUUCUCUAGCAACUUUCUUGACGAUCAUGGCUUUGUUCAUACAAACUUGUCGAAGCUGGCAAAUUGCUUGAGUUUCCUCAGAGGACCUAUCCGUCGAUCUUUUUACAUCAAGAAUCCUGAAGUCUCCAAGCCAGGUUCUGACCGCUGCCACUCUAUCUUCUUCCACAAAACCUCAGUUUUUUCACUGUCUAUUAUCCUCUGCUAGACUAAAAUGAUGUUAUAGAUGCAGCUAGAUUUCAAUACAUUGCACUCUUCGCACAAAGAACAUUAUUAUCUACUUUGUUAACGCCCCCUUAACUGUGAGGCGAAUUUGUUGUAGUCCACAUUGAAAGCUGGCAGAUUUUGAUUUUGUGUAGUUCUAAUUCGGCUGCUCAACUUUGUUCACAUUUA